CUUGAGCCCCCAAGUCUUUUCCAAAAUGGCGAGCAAAGAGCGAAGUUCCAGGGCAAUGCCAGCAAGACAAAGGAUCGAGUCUGUUAGUUUAGAAGGUUUGGUAAGUAAAACUAAACAAAGUAUAUGAAGUACAAGUAUUCAUUGGAAACAUAAGUAUGUUUUAAUAAUCGAUUGUGCAGGUGGAAUGGUGAAUAUAAAGUUAAAAUAAUUUUCUUUUAAUACACGUGAUAAUAAUAUAUUAAAAUGUGACUGUACACUGUUCUAUUUAUUCUGCUGUUAUGUGUAGUCAAAUAAUAUUAUAAUAUUAGUAAUUCUGUGUGUAUCCGUCCAGUUGAUUAUGAUCGUUUUGUAAGGGACCGUCGUCCACCGAGAAAUAGAAUCCACUAUCGUUAAAAAUUUUUGACAAAAACUGAAUAUUAAAAACUGGACAUUUCAAUGGUCCGUGACAGGGUAGUGUGUGUGUGUGUGUGUAUGAAUUUAAUGAUUGGUCUAGGUUGUCCUCAAAAUAAUUCAACAUUGCCAAGAAGAAGGCGCAGAAGGGGAUGUCGUUCAAGGAGUGUUGUUGGGUUUGGUGGAAGGAAAUAAACUUGAAAUUACAAACUGUUUUCCAUUUUCUCAAAACUCUGAAGAGAAUGACGAAGAAGACAGUGAGUUAAAUAAGACUUAUAGUCUAGAUGGAUCAUGCUUCCCCCUGUUCUUCUCAUUUCACCCCUUCCAUCUCAUCACCACCACCACCCAUACAUCAGUACCCCACCUCUAACCCCUCCUUAUCUCCCUCACCUCUUCCACCAGUAUCUUCACCCCACCCUGACCUCACUCCCACUUACCUUACUUCCCCACCUCCUCACUCAUCUUACAUCACCUCUCCCAUCCCUAACCCCUCACCACAUUCCCCUCACCUUAACCCUACCUCACACCCCUCCCCCUUCUAACCUCACCCCACCACCUUCAGCUCACCUUACCCUUUCUGACCUCCCCCCAUCCAUAUCAGCAGCUCCCUUCCACGUUCAUAGAUUGCCUAAUUUCCUUUACCCCCCACCCUCCAAUUGUUGUCCCAUAUUAUAAAAUCCAUCAAUUUCUCUAGUCUAUUAUCAGAUGGAAAUGAUGAGACAUUUAAGGUCUGUUAAUAUCGACCACUUGCAUGUUGGCUGGUAUCAAUCCACAUAUCUUGGUGCCUUUGUCAAUAAAAAUCUGUUGGAAUCCCAGUACAGUUAUCAGAAUUCAAUAUCAGAAUCUGUGGUUCUUGUAUAUGGUGAGUAGUUGGUUGGUAAGCAAUCAUUCAUGGUGAUGAGUCAGAAAUGUUGACACUGAUAAGAAAUACACAACAUGCUUGUCAGAUGUUGGGAUCCUAGGUAGCUGCAAAUGUCUGAAGCUAACUGGUCAGAAGGUCUUAUGCAUGCUUAAGUAAGGUCGAAAAUUUCAAAUGCAUAAACUCCAUUUUUAAAUGCUAGAAAUCCGUUUUCAAAUGCCAAAACUCUGGUUUCAAAUACCAAAACUCCACUUUCAAAUGCCAGAACUCCGUUUUCAAAUGCCAAAACUCCGCUUUCAAAUGCCAGAACUCAGUUUUCAAAUGCCAAAACUCCGUUUUCAAAUGCCAGAACUCCGUUUUCAAAAGCCAAAACCCCGGUUUCAAAUACCAGAGCUUCGUUUUCAAAUGCCAGAACUCCGUUUUCAAAUGCCAGAACUCCGUUUUCAAAUGCCAAAACUCCGUUUUCAAAUGCCAGAACUCAGUUUUCAAAAGCCAGAACUGCGUUUUCAAAAGCCAGAACUGCGUUUUCACAUACCAGUCAAACACUGGUCAGAUGAUUUUACUUAUCAAGGGGAGAGUUCUGGUACUGGGUUAAAAUAAUUAUCUGUAUUGGCAUUGUUGCUAUACAAUAUAACCUUACUGCAUAUUUUCUAUUAUUUUACACCAUAGAUCCUUUAAAGACGUCGCAAGGUAUUUUGUCAUUUCGGGCCCUUCGCCUUUCGCAAAAGAUGAUGGAUUUGUAUGCUGAAAAAGAGUUUACCCCAAGCAGGUAACUAUGUUUCGCUCACAUCCCUUCUCCUUUGCCCUUCCCAUAGUAUUGGUCCACUUAAAUAUUUGACGUAUUUAUUCAAUUAUUUCACAGUCUAAAUAAAAUUGGUAUGAAACACGAUGAGAUGUUCGAGGAAAUACCACUGGUGAUAAAGAAUUCAAACUUAGUGAACACACUCUUGUGUAAAUUGGAUGAAACUUUAACAGAACCACAACACAAUGAUUUCUUGUCUUUAGCAAGAGGGUGAGUGGACAUAGCUCUAGCUCUUAACGGUUCUCCCACUACACAGCCAGCAAUCUCACAGGUCUGUCGCAAGUUGUUGACAACAGCAUUGCUCCAUCUCUGUUUCAACAACUUGCGACAGGCCUAUUGAAAACAGCAUUGCUGCAGCUCUGUCACAACAGUUUGUAACGACCUGUUGAUAAGCCGGGGACAAACAGGUACAAGGCGAGCGAACGCAUCCAGAUAUCGGCUUGUUGACAACAGGUUGUAACAGAUCUGCUGCAGAUCUAUUCCGACUUGCGCAGAAUUGGCUGUGUACGUAGAGGCACAGUAUAAGCGUUGUUCUGAGCAUUGUUUUAUUGCAGGAACUUUAUUGAAAAGAAUGUUCAGUUGUUAAUGGAAACAGUAGAUGAACUCGGCCAAGAUACACAGAAAUUUCACAAUUAUCAACGAAAUUCUGCAAGACAACAGCAACAGAAAGACGCCUAUCUUAUGAAAAGGGUAAGAAAUAUUUCGGUGUUUUCAAAUCACCAUUAAUAAACUACUGGACCAGGUGUAUGAUUGAUAACCACCUACUUUCUACCAUUCUGUUUAGAAAGGAGAAAACCAAGCGCGCAAAGAACGAGGGGAACGACCAUUACCCGAAGAAGACCUAUCGAAGAUAUUUAAGCCGUUACAAGUCCCUUCUCGGCUGGAGAACUUAUUGCUCUCAGGACAGGCGGAAAAUUACUGUAACGAAAUCAACGAGUUCGCCUCACAAAGUUUUGCUAAACUUUUCCUGUCCGAAGCAUUACAGGACGCUCAGUAACCAACGAAUAAAUGUUAUUUAAAACUGGUAAACUUGUUCUUGGGUAGAAUGUGAAUUAAUACAGAUAAAUGUCACGAGUUACUAUAGUACAU